AUGCUGAAGAGGAACACCGAGGGUAAAGUGGCUACAUCGCUGAGUACGCUUGGCAGGGAGGUCGAUGCAACCGGACAAACGGUGAAAAAGCACCAGGCGAAAAUGAACAUACAUGUCAGGAAGCGGUUGUCGAUCUUUCCGGCAAAUCAAGUCGAUUUUUCCGGCAAAUCGCGCCGUGGCGGUGGUGAUGAACAACGAGCCCAAUCUCACUCUGGAUGGCAACAACUGGCAGGGCACUUCGUAUAUUACUUCCCUCACAAAGGAAAGAGCACCGAGCUUCCAAGUCCAAGCCUCCAAAUACAAGCCUUCAAGUCUAAGCCUCCAUGUUCAAGCCUCCAAGUUCAAGCCUCCAAGUUCAAGCCUUCAAGUCCAAGCCCCCAUGUUCAAGCCUCUAAGUCCAAGGGUCCAAGUCCAAGCCUCCAAGACCAAGGCUCCAAGUUCGAGCCUCCAAGUCCAAGCUUCCAAGUCCAAGCCUCCAAGUCCAAGCUUCCAAGUCCGAGCCUCCAAGUUCAAGCCUCCAAGUCCAAGCUUUCAAGUCCAAGCCCAAGUCCAAACCUUCAAAUACAAGCCAUCCAAGCUUCAAGUCAGAGCUUCCAAUUCCAAGCCUCUAAGUUCAAGCCUCCAAGUCCAAGCAUCCAUGUUCAAGCCUCUAAGUUCAAGCCUCCAUGGCCAAGCCUCCAAAUCCAAUCUUCCAAGUCUAAGUCUCCAAGUCCAAGCCUCUAA